CCAGGGCCGAGUCGUCACCUUCGUCCCGAAGAAGGGGAAGGCCCAGGCAACUGUCUCUCUCGCUGCAUUUUAUACUGCCCGCAGGCUUGUCAGUAUUUGCAUUCAUUUGCAUAGAUUAGCGACAAUUGGCCAGUUUGUUGAACUGUCUGGCGUUAUCCUAUAAUGUUUCAGGAUUUCGGAGAAGGAGAGGAGUUCCCACUGCGAAUGCUUCGCAAUGUAGAGUGAAUGCUCGAAAGAGAACAACAUUGUAUGGCCAUGGUAAUGCACACCAAAACGAUUAUUGCUCGUGUUAUAUUGCUUAAACAUGUAAAGAAGGCAUAUUUUAAAAUAACUGCUCAUACAUGUUUUUCAGAAAGAUCUAUGUACGUCCACCGUAAAGAUCAUAAAGAGCUCCCUCUCUAAAACAAAUAAACUGACCUCUAAAAUAAAAAAAAAUAAAAAUAAUUGCAUUAUGAAAUAUGCUCUGAUUAAGAUUAUAAAUUAUACUAAAAGCGAAUUUGGAUAAAAUCCGUCGGACUUUUAUCAUAGAAAGUCUUUAUCCACAAUCCCUCACGACCGGAAGUAAGGCGGGGGAAACGGUCCACCCAUUACCAUCGGGAGAAAAUGGAUUGCUGCUAAAUUGUGGAUAUAUACUAUUACAACAAGAGUCGUGCCUAGUCGCUGUCUUAAGCAUUGGAACCGCACUGAUCAUGUGAUCACACCGCGCGGCUGAUCUGAUGCUGAUUUACUUGCAUUGAUCGCUUCGGUGUGCUUGUGCUGGUUCCCAUAGAAACGCUUCAGAUGAGAUGAAUUGUAAUACUAGCAUUCAGGUGACUAGAGAGGUGUGAGUACUGUUUACUCAUAGACUGACUACCAAAACAGUGGUUUGAUAUUCUUGUUACCUUUUACAUUUUUGCUCUAAUGACGUAUUUUAUGCUUUAUGGUUGUUUUAAUAUUUAAAUUGAGUUAAAAAGCCUAUAAUAGGCAGUGUAAUAGUAUGUUCUAGUGUGACAACGUGCCCCACUAUUGGAUUCAGUGAACAGUAUGUUUUUUUCUUAGUAGUCAAUAACGGUUUAAAUGUUCAUUAGCUUUUAUUUGUAGCCCAAAUUUAAGAUUUGUGUCUAUAAAGAUGUAGACUUAGCCUGAGGAAAGUUUUUCUUGUGUAAAAUGUGUGACAACUAGCCCCAGUCUCCUCUGUUUGUCUAGCUUGUCGGUUCAUAUAUAUACCACAAGAUGGGAGGCUGGAGUGUGUUUGUGUCCUGCUGUGUUUGGGCGAUUCUUCUCCUGGCUCUGUUUGGAGAUUCCCUGGCAUCUGCGCCUGACUUUGAUCCCUACAAAGUUCUCGGAGUGUCCAGACAUGCCAGCCAGGCCGAAAUCAAGAAAAUGUACAAGAGGCUCGCAAGAGAAUGGCAUCCAGACAAGAACAAAAGUCCAGGGGCAGAGGACAUGUUUAUCAAGAUCACAAAAUCUUAUGAGAUUCUGUCCAACGAGGAGAGAAGGGCAAACUAUGACCGGUUUGGUGAAAUGGACGAGAAUCAAAACUUCGCCCGAGCACCGCAGGGCUUCAGACAUUAUCACGACAGCUUCUACUUCGAUGAGUCUUUCUUUCACUUCCCUCGGACGAGUCGUGAUUUCACAGACAGCAAGCACCUCUUUCACUACAACCAGUACAUCAGUGAGGUGCUGCCGGAUAGUUUCAAGAGGCCCUACCUGAUCAAGAUCACGUCAGAGUGGUGCUUCACCUGCAUCCAUAUUGAGCCUGUAUGGAAGGACACUGUGCAAGAGCUGGAGCCAUUGGGGGUUGGUAUUGGUGUGGUGGACAUUGGAUAUGAGAGACAGCUGGCUAACCAUCUUGGUGCCCACCGCACACCUUCCAUACUUGGUUUAAUCAAUGGCAAAGUCACUUUCUUCCACUACGCUGUGGUCAGGGAACACUUGAGACAGUUUGUGGAAAGCCUUCUGCCCCAGAAGCUGGUUGAGAAGGUGACGGAUAACAGCUACCUUGAGUUUUUAAACAGUUGGCAUGAAGAGAAUAAGCCAAGAGUGCUAAUGUUUGAUGUAGCAUCUAAUAUUCCUCUUUUGUAUAAGCUUACCGCGUUUGCCUAUAAAGACUAUGUGAGGUUUGGCUAUGUGGACAUGGGCCUGACUGAGACCUCCAAAGUCGUGCAGAGGUUCAACAUCAACACAUACGCUCCCACCAUGCUCCUCUUCAAAGAGAACACAGACAAACCAGCUGAUGUUAUACAGGCAAGAGGAAUGAAAAAGCAGAUAAUUGACGAGUUUGUGUCCAAUAAUCGUUUUCUGCUGGUGCCGCGGCUGGUAAAUCAGAAGCUCUUCGAUGAGCUCUGUCCAGUUAAACAGUUCCACCGUCGCAGGAAGUACGAAAUCUCACCUCUAACUGUAGCAUUAGAUGUUGGUGGACUUGCGUCUCUGAGCAAACUUCAUCAUCUCACUGUCUUUCUGUUUGACAGGUACUGUGUUCUUCUCGUUACCGGUGAAGGGGAGCAGUUUGUGUCAGUGAAUGAGGCGUUCUUUGACUUCGCUUCCUCCAACACUAAAGAAGUUCUCAGGUUUGCUUAUGUUUAUCAGAGACAACAGCAGCCUCUCUGUGACACCCUGCUCAAAAAGGAAGACACAACACCUCCACAGGUGAUUCUCCUGGAGAGACGCAGCGCUACAGGAAGGGUGUUGUAUCGGACCGUGAUGGGGGGAUGGAAUGGGAGUGAUGAUGAUAAGCACCGCCUCCUUGAGCAGCUUGAGCUUCUGCAAAGAGACCCCUCCUACCUUACCCACGAUGCCAUGCUGCCUGAACUCAACAAUGAGUUUGCAUCUAUGUUUCUGAUUCAGUGGAUCAACACUGCAUAUGAUUACCUCGCUCAGUUUUACUUUGAUCUUCUCUACUCUAAUUGGCGUGAGAUGAUGCCCGUACUGUCUCUGAUCUUCUCAGCUCUUUUCAUCCUGUUUGGGACUGUAAUCAUUCAGGCCUUCAGUGACGCUGGGGAAGACAAACCAGCCAAACAAAAGGCCACUGGGUCACCAAAGACAGCAGAGAGCUCUCCAGGUCAAGAGAGCACUUCAAGUCGUCCACCUAAGAAGAAUUUUGUGGAGGUGACAGAGCUCACGGACAUCACCUACACGAGUAACCUAGUCAGGUUAAAGCCUGGUCACAUCAACGUUGUGCUGAUCCUCACUGAUGCUUCUAAGCAAGUACUGCUCAGGAAGUUUGCCAAAGAAGUGUAUUCGUUCUCAGGGUCUCAGACUCUUCACUACUCCUUUUUAAAUGUGGACAAGCACAGCCAAUGGAUGGAUUCCCUCAUGGAGUCGGCUCCCGACGCCAGGCCGUCAGACUGCUUGGACAAAGAGGAAGAAGAGGAGGAUUCCACCUCCAACAAAUCAGACAACACUGGCCACGUCCUGGCGCUCAACGGCCACAAGAAGUAUUUCUGCCUAUUCAGACCCGUCUUCAAAGGGGAGGAAGCCGAAUGUAGUAGGUGGUCCGACGAGGAUGCGGCGACGGCCGGUCGAAGCAGAGCCUCGAGGUCCCGGUCAAGUUCCCGACAGAAGGCCACCACUCUGGAGAUCCACCACAAACUAGACCGACUGGGUCUGUGGAUGGAGAGGCUUAUGGAGGGAACUCUACCAAGGCACUACGUUCCGGCCUGGCCCGGUCUGGACACCAUAACGCCGCAGAAAUAAGACUCGCAUUUGACCUCAGGCCCAUUGCAGGAGGUGUGUUGUAGUGACGUGAAAGGUGUUGAAUUCUCAACAUCUUUGUGAUCCAAAUUUACUUUAAAAGAUAUUAAGUUAUUCUGUAAAACGCACUGGUGAUGAGUAGAGGGUUUCUUUAUUUAGAGCACCAUGUGCUCGUCGGCUGCUUUAGGGGCAAAACUCCUUUCCAUCUGUAACGUACACUGUCUUUUUGUUAGUAUGGUUGUUUCAUUACUGUAUGGAUGCCAAUACCCAGAUAAAGCCACUCUAUAGCUUCCAACAGGGCUAAAUGUGUCUUUACACUGCUGGGUAUGUGGCGGCUACGGCCCAU